AUGAGGCUAAUUUUUAUCACUGUGCAAAAUACUUCCGAACCGCUGGCACUAGACUUCCAAGAGGCGCCCACUCGUGCACCAUCAGUAAACUCUCUGAGCGGUUUCAGCAGUGAUAGUGCUGCUUCAACUGCUACACAGUCGCCUGGUGAUUGGCAGCAUAAUUGGAAAAUGCAGACAAUGCAUCACGAUAUGGAACAUCGCUUGAUGGACAGCAGUAUACAGAAUCCUUUGGAAGAACGGGAGCUCGGUGAUUUGGAGGCCGCGCAGCGUAUUGCAGAUGAAGUGAACAGACGAGUUGCCUUGUUGAACGAUAAGCAGCGAUGCGAAGCGAUUUUUGGUGGAAAAUACAGCGAAGUGUCGCAGUAUUACAAUGAUAUCUUCCACGACGAGCAGUUAGGAAUUCGUCGAAACACAAAACAGUCGAAGAGAUUGAAGGCAGAGGCAAAAAAAUUGUUGGACUCCGUUUUGUCCGCGGAAAACAGUGCGUUGGAUUUACAGGUGGCUGACUAUAUUUUCAACGAGUUACUCCGCAUGGCUCCUGAAUAUGCUGAGGAUCCCUACGAUGGGUUAGUUGAGGCGAAUUUGAUAUUGUUGAAAUAG